CCUUGCCUUCCUGCGUCUCUGCGCCCCUUUAUGCGGCCGCACCAAAGCCUGUGAUCUCUUCUCUCCGUCGCUCUCUUCCUUUCGCUCUCGUUUCAAGCUUGAUACCCGCGAAACCGGCGCCCGCUCCUACGUCGUGGCUUCCUACGGAGUCGGACGCCGGAGAAAUCCCCCCUGAACUAGCCAAGUUGUUCUUCGUGCACUACUCUUUAGAUCCCACACGAAUUGCAAUAAGAGAAGAGAGCAGCAAGUAAUAUUCAGUGGAAGAGAUGCAAGGUUGCGGUUUUCAUAUAGCCAGAAGCAACAAACUACCUCUUGCACUUCUUGCUCUAAUUUGUGUGUCCCUUUUUCUUUGGCCAUGGGAGAAAGCACCACUUAUGUCUUCUCUACUCCCAUCAUUCGAACAAUUUAGUAUUCUUACUCCAGUAACAGAUGUUCCUACCAGAACUUCCUCUUCCGCAGAUAAAAAAUCAUCACGCGACAGCAUUGGAAGUUCAUCAUCAAAGGAAAUGGAGCAUGUCCCCAUCUUUCUCGCAAAUGACUCUUUGGCAUCCGAUUCAGCACUGAAAGAGGCAAAUGUGGAAGAGUGUAAUUUUGCCAAGGGAAGAUGGGUCGCAGAUUCGACAAGACCUUUGUACUCGGGUUCAGCUUGCAAGCAAUGGCUGUCACCAAUGUGGGCAUGCAGGUUAAUGAAACGCCCUGAUUUCUCAUUCGAAGGAUUUCGGUGGCAGCCACAAGGUUGCAAAGUGCCAGAAUUUUCAAGGAGUAGCUUUUUGAGUAGAAUGCAUAAUAAGACAAUUGCCUUAAUUGGGGAUUCUUUGGGAAGGCAGCAAUUCCAAUCCCUCAUGUGCAUGGUCACCGGAGGAGAGUUGAGCCCAGAGGUGGAAAACAUUGGCAUUGAUUACGGCCUCGUCAAAGCGCCCGGUGCCUUAAGACCUGAUGGCUGGGUGUAUCGAUUUCCAAGUACCAAUACGACCAUUCUGUUCUAUUGGUCCGCCAGCUUAUGUGAAUUGGAGCCUCUGAACACUUCAGGCCCAUCCACACAUUACGCGCUGCAUCUUGAUCGACCGGUGACAUUCUUGAAGCAGCAUCUUCCCAGGUUUGACGUGCUGGUACUUAACACCGGGCACCACUGGAACAGAGACAAGUUCAGGGGAAACCAGUGGGAGUUGUAUGCCGGAGGGAAGCCCGUUGUGGACGGAGAGGAGCUUGCGGACCUGAGGAAUGCAAAAAAUUUCACUCUGCACAGCAUAGCUAGGUGGGUUGAUUUGCAGAUUAAGCGACGUCCACAGCUCAAAGCCUUUCUCAGGACAAUUUCUCCCCGCCAUUUUGUGAAUGGAGACUGGAACACCGGGGGAAGCUGCAACAACACUGUUCCAUUAGCUGGAGGAAGUGAGGUAUCGCAGGAUGGUUCGAGCGAUCCCAUUCCUGAGGCUGCAGUGAAAGGCACACGGGUGAAGCUCCUGGAUAUCACUGCACUGUCGCAACUGAGGGACGAGGGCCACGUCUCCAAGUACACCGUCAAAGCGAUACUGGGCGUGCAUGAUUGUUUGCAUUGGUGCCUUCCUGGUAUACCAGAUGCAUGGAAUGAGAUACUCUGUGCUCAACUUUGAAAGCCUUUAUUUAGGAUUUUUUUUUUCUUUCUUUCUUAUAUUCUAGGGAGAUUUAACUGCUUAGGUAGUGAGGUUUUUGAACCUUCUUCAUCUGUUUAUAGAACCUUCUUUUUCUCCUUUUUUUUUUCUCAUUACUAUUGGGAUUUGGUGUCUAUUGGUUGGCUUCUAGCUUUGUUGGCUAGAUAAGAGAAAUUUGUAUCUAGGAUUUUGGAUAUAAUCAAUGAAAUAAAAAUUGUAUCUAGGAUUUUGGAUAUAAUCAAUGAAAUAAAAAUUUGUUUAUUUA